AUGACGAAGGAGCCAGGUUGCUUGUCUGUCACUGCUAACGGUGAGUCUUGGCCCAGAAUAGUUCAAGAGAUGAAAGUGGAACCUAACUUCCAAGUCAAAGAGAUGUCUAUGCUUUAUGGGCAAGAUGGCCUCCAUGCAUCAUGUGAAAAGAAGUACUGUGGCCGGGGAAGCAAGUGCGUUGUGAACAAGGAGACUGAUAAGCCCGAAUGUAGAUGCAUAGAUGACUGCAAGCCCAGUUAUAUGCCAGUGUGUGGAUCUGAUGGCAAAUUCUAUGAGAAUCACUGUGAACUUCAUCGAGCAUCCUGCUUGCAAAGGAAGAAAAUCUACAUUAUUCACAGCAAAGACUGCUUCUUCAAAGGUGACAUGUGUACAAUGGCAGACUACCGUCAACUGAAAGGUAUCCUGCUGGACCUUCAAUCUCACCGGCAGAGGCAGCAAAAUCACCCAGGAGAUGAGAGAACCCAGAAGCGCUUCUUAGUUGAAGAUAUGUUUAACCACUUGGAUAUUAAUGGUGAUGGGCACCUCAGCAGUUCUGAAUUGGCUCAGUUGAUGAAAAGGGACGACCUGGAAGAAGUUUUCUCGGAUUGUACACCAGAGGAUCUUCUCCGAUUUGAUGAUUACAACAACGAUGGUUACUUAACUCUGCAAGAACUGUAUACUGCAUUCCAGGUGGUCCAACUCACACUUUCUGAAGAGCAGAAGGUCAGCGUAACCACAGUAACUGUUGGGCUGAGCACUGUAUUGAACUGUGCUAUCCAUGGACCUCUGCGGCCUCCAAUCAUCUGGAAACGCAACGGGGUUGUGUUGAACUUUUUAGAUCUGGAAGAUAUUAAUGAUUUUGGAGAAGAUGAUUCUCUCUACAUCACCAAGGUAACAACUAUUCACAUGGGCAAUUACACGUGUCAUGCCUAUGGCUAUGAAGAACUGUAUCAGACCCACAUUCUUCAGGUGAAUGUGCCACCAGUGAUUCGUGUGUAUCCUGAAACCCAGGCACAAGAACCUGGGGUAUCUGCCAGCCUCAAGUGUCAUGCUGAGGGGAUCCCAAAUCCCAAAAUCUCCUGGCUAAAGAAUGGCAUUGGUAUCAUGCCCAAAUUGUCCAAGCAACUGAUGCUAUUAGCAAAUGGAAGCGAACUUCACAUCAGUAGUGUUCGAUAUGAAGACACAGGUGCCUAUACUUGCAUUGCUAAAAAUGAAGUGGGAGUAGAUGAGGAUAUUUCUUCUCUCUUCAUUGAAGAUUCAGCUAGAAAGACUCUUGCAAACAUACUGUGGCGAGAGGAAGGGCUCAGUGUGGGAAACAUGUUCUAUGUCUUCUCUGAUGAUGGGAUCACAAUAAUUCAGCCAACUGACUGUGAGAUCCAGAGACACAUCAAACCAAAUGAGAAAGUUUUCUCAAGUUAUGCAGAAAUCUGUCCUAGAGUUGAAGGUGAAGCCAUUCAGUCCUGCCUCUGGGCUUCCGCUGUCAAUGUCAGAGACAAAUAUAUUUAUGUAACACAGCCAAAGUGGAAUAGAAUAAUGAUCCUUGAUAUCCAGACUCAGAAAGUCAUUCAGACCUUGGACACUGACCCUCUACCUGUAAAAUUACAUUAUGAUAAAUCACAUGACCAAAUUUGGGUACUUAGCUGGGGCGAUAUGAAGAAGUCUCAUCCGGUUUUGCAGGUAAUACCAGAAGCAAGUACAGGAGACAACCAGCAUAUCAUUCGCACCCAUUUGAAUGGGAUGGAUGAUUAUUUUAUUCCACAUACGAACCUCAUAAUCAAUCAUAUCAGAUUUGGUUUCAUCUUUAACAAGUCUAAGUCUGCAGUUCACAAAAUUGAUCUGGAAACUGUGGCUCACAUCAAGACAAUCAGCUUCAAGAACUACAGCUGUUUGCCCCUAGCCAUGGCCUAUACACAUCUGGGUGGCUACUUCUUCGUCCAGUGCAAAACAAACAUGUCACUACCAAUAACUCCACAGCUUAUAAUUGACAGUGUUACAGAUUCUGUUAUUGGCCCCAACAGCGACAUAUCAGGUACUCCCUACAUCUCCCCUGAUGGACGCUAUUUGGUCAGCGCAGAUGAACAGAGCGGGAGGAUCAGAGUCCAGACAAUAACAAUCCAAGGGGAAAUCAAGUUGAUUUAUGACUUACAAACCACCAUGCACAUAUCCGAUCUGACAUUUCAGUCCUCUUUCACCGAAGGCAAUCAGUAUUAUAUAUACGCUACUUCACAUUUGCAAACAGAUGUGCUUUUUGUAGAGUUGUCAACAGGGAAAAUGGACAUAUUGAAGAAUUUAAAGGACCCUAUCAAAUCCAAAGACUGGCCCUGGAGUAACUACAACAGAAUUAUCCAAGACAGUGGAUUAUUUGGACAAUACCUUAUAACACCAGCAAAGGAGUCACUAUUUAUAAUUAACGGGAGACAAAACACAUUACGCUGCGAGGUUUCGGGUAUCAAGAGAGGCAACACAGUGGUUUGGGUUGGAGAUGUAUGA